AUGGAGAUCCCUAUUUACAUCAACGUUUCCAUCGCUUUAGUCUUUAUUACUUUAACUUGCAUUUGGAAUCCUACUUUCUCCAUGAAAAGUUGUGAUUUCCCUGCUAUUUUCAAUCUUGGCGACUCGAAUUCGGACACCGGUGGGUUAGCUGCUUCCUUGGUCACACCUACUCCGCCUUAUGGAGAGACAUUUUUUCACAUGCCGGUGGGGAGGUUCUCCGAUGGACGACUCAUCAUCGAUUUUAUUGCAAAAAGUUUUGACCUGCCAUAUCUGGAUGCAUACCUUGAUUCUUUGGGGACCAACUUCUCGCAUGGUGCAAAUUUUGCCACAGCAAAUUCCACCAUUGGACUACCGACCACGAUUAUCCCUGUCCGCCAUGGAUUCAGCCCAUUUUAUCUAACUAAACAGUAUGACCAGUUCAUACAAUUCAAACGUAGAUCGCAAAUGAUUCGAAAAAAAGGUGAAAAAACUUUUGCCAGUUUGAUGCCCAAAGAAGAGUAUUUUUCAAAAGCUUUGUAUACAUUCGACAUCGGCCAAAAUGAUCUUGCAGAAGGAUUUUUGGGGAACAUGUCCAUAGCAGAAGUUAACGCUUCUGUUCCUGGCAUCGUCGAUGAGUUCGUUAAGACGGUGAAGAAUAUAUACAUGUCAGGAGGUCGAUCAUUUUGGAUUCAUAACACGGGACCAAUAGGUUGCUUACCUUACAUUUUAACUAACUUUCUCUCGGCUGAGAGGGACAAUGUUGGUUGCGCAAAGCCUCACAACGAAGUGUCUCAGUAUUUUAACCAUAAGCUGAGAGAAGCCGUAUUUCAACUGAGGAAUGAUUUUCCGGAUGGUGCAUUCACUUAUGUUGACAUCUACUCUGCAAAGUACUCUUUCUUUAAGGAACCGAAAAGAUAUGGUAAGCAAUCCAUGCUUCUGCUUAUUUUGCAUUUUUUCAUUGUGUUUUUGUCAGGAUUUCAGCUUCCACUUGUAGCUUGUUGUGGCUACGGGGGCAAGUAUAACUAUAGCAACAGCGUCGAUUGUGGAGGAACGAUCACAAUUAAUGGUACACAAAUAUUUGUUGGUUCAUGUGAACACCCUAAUGCUCGAGUAAAUUGGGAUGGUGUACACUACACAGAGGUGGCUGCUAAAUAUGUUUUUGAUCAAAUUUCAACUGGAAACUUCUCAGACCCGCCGAUUCCCUUGAAAAUGGCAUGCCACAGGACUAUAGACAUUGAAAUAAUGAUGGAACUAGGUGUCAAGACAUCCGCAGUUGUUGGCGACCCGCUCCCUUACCUCAACACCUACCUCUUUAUACUCUUCCUUACCUUAAUUUGCAUUUGGCAUCCAAUCUCCUCUUUAGAAAGUUGUCCCUUCCCAGCCGACAAUAUUGAAGAAAGUUGUGACUUCCCGGCCAUCUUCAACUUCGGCGAUUCGAAUUCUGACACCGGUGCCUCAGCCGCCACUGGCGUUUUCCCUCCCCCUACUCCACCCUAUGGAGAUACAUUUUUUCAGAUGCCUUCGGGGAGGUACUGCGACGGCCGUUUCAUCAUCGAUUUCAUUGCGCAAAGUUUUGGGUUACCUUAUUUGAAUCCAUAUCUUGAUUCUUUGGGUACCAACUUCUCCCAUGGUGCAAACUUUGCUGUCGCCGGAGCCACAAUCAGAGAUUUCCCAACUUCUCCGGUUCCCUUCUAUCUUACCAUACAGUACCGCCAAUUUGAACAAUUCAAACUCAGAUCACAAAUCAUCAGGCAAAAAGGUGGAGUAUUCGCAAGUAUGAUGCCCAAGGAAGAAUAUUUUUCGAAAGCUUUGUAUACGUUUGACAUAGGACAUAAUGAUAUUGGAGGACCAUUGGCUGUGACUAACAUGUCGAUACAACAAAUUAAUGAAUCUAUUCCUGAUGCUAUCAAUGAGUUUAUUACAAAUGUUAAGAAUACAUACAACUUAGGAGGUCGAUCAUUCUGGAUUCAUAACGUAGGACCAACAGGUUGUCUGCCUCCUUAUUUGGAGAAGUUUUUCUCGGCCGAAGUAGACAACGUUGGUUGCGCAAAGCCUUACAAUGGAUUGGUUCAGUAUUUUAAUGAUAAGUUGAAGGAAUCCAUAUUACAACUCAGGAAGGAUUUUCAAGAUGCUGCAAUCACUUAUGUUGAUGCCUACUCUGUCAAGUACGCUCUCCAUAGCGAACCAAAAAAAUAUGGAUUUGAGCACCCACUGGUAGCAUGUUGUGGCUACGGAGGCAGGUAUAACUUUGGUGCCGGUCUUACAUGCGGACGAACAAUAACAGUUAAUGGCACGGAAAUAUUUAUUGGUUCGUGUGAACACCCUAAAGUUCGAGUAGUUUGGGAUGGCGGACAUUAUACAGAAGCUGCUAAUAAAUUUAUUUUCGAUCAAAUUUCAAGCGGAGCUUAUUCCGAUCCCCCCAUUCCCCUUAGAGUGGCAUGCCAUAAGACUUUAGUGACCCACAUAGAAGGAAUGUGUUAUGUGGGGAACCAUUAUUUCCAUUAA